AUGAUGGAAGAGCCAAGAGACUCCCAGCAGAAGUCAGAGAGGAUUGAUGCGACGCCGGUUGCAUCCAGAGGUGGUAGCUGGCAAAGGAGGUCCGAGCGCCAGUGUGACGACGCGUCGCCGUCUGGAUCAGCAGAAGCACCCGAAGAAGGGGGAGCAUCGCGUGAAAAGUCAAGUGGUUACAAAAGGAGGCAAGGGGACGAUGAGGCAAAAAACAAGAGGAGAAAGGUAGAUGCAGAUACCACGGUCACAGCAGUGGUGAUGAAUGCGAGAGGCGUGGCGUCCAUUCCACUGUAUUAG